UGCUGUGCGGACGAACGCUGGUGAAGCCUGAGGAACCCUUAUGUCGAUGGGUGUGGUCUCGAGGGAGGUGUUGCCAGCAUGCGAGAGGCUAUGCUUCAUUUGCCCGUCUCUGCGGACGAGGUCCCGCCAUCCGGUCAAGCGGUACAAGAAGUUGCUCGCAGAAAUCUUCCCUCGGACACAGGAUGAAGGACCAAACGAUCGCAAGAUAGGGAAAUUGUGUGAAUAUAUUUCAAGGAAUCCAAUGCGUGUUCCAAAGAUUACAGUUUACUUAGAGCAAAAGUGCUACAAGGAAAUGAGAGCUGAGCGCUAUGGUUCAGUGAAAGUUGUCAUGGCAAUCUAUCGAAAGGUGAUAUAUUCUUGUCAGGAGCAACUGCCACUUUUUGCCAACAGCUUGUUAACAAUUGUAGAGACAUUAUUGGAGCAAAAUAGACAGGAUGACUUACGGAAAUUAGCAUGCCAAACACUUUUUGACUUUAUAAACAAUCAGGUUGACAGUACUUACAUGUUCAAUUUAGAAAACCAGAUUCCUAAACUAUGUCAUCUGGCCCAAGAGGUGGGUGAAAAGGAGAAGAUAUGUAUUCUUCAUUCAGCUGGUCUCCAAGCUCUUUCUUCCAUGAUUUGGUUUAUGGGUGAGCAUUCCCAUAUCUCUGCAGAACUUGAUAGUGUUGUUUCUGCAGUUCUGGAAAAUUAUGAGAGCCCGUAUGCAAAUUCUGAUAAUGAUGAUACCCCUGCUGAGGAUAAACGAAACCGGUGGGUGAGUGAAGCUCUCAAAUCUGAAGGUCACGAACCUCCUGCUGUUUCCAUUUUGACAAGGAUUUCUUCAUGGAAAGAUAUUAGAGCUGCCCACGGUGAAUUAAGUUUGACAAUAGAAGAAUCAAGAAGUCCAAACUUUUGGUCAGGGAUUUGUCUACACAAUCUUGCUAGAAUAUCCAGGGAAGGAACAACAGUACGACGAGUUCUGGAAGCUAUAUUUCGUUAUUUUGAUAAUAACAGUCUAUGGUCACGUUCUAAAGGAUUUGCACUGUGUGUCCUGCUAGAUAUGCAAAUUGUGAUGGACAAAUCUGGACAGAAUGCACAUAUAUUGUUGUCUAUGUUAAUCAAGCAUCUUGAACACAAGAAUGUAUUGAAACAACCUGAUAAGAUUCUAGAUAUCAUCGAAAUUACUACAUGCCUUGCUGAGCACUCCAAAGCUCAGUCUUCUACAGCACUAAUGGCUGCAAUAAGUGAUAUGGUCAGGCAUAUGGGUAAAAGCAUGCAAUCCUUGGCCAAUGAUGGAGGUCCUGGAGACAACAUCGCCAAAUGGAAUAACGGAUAUGGGAAAGCUGUACAUGAAUGUCUUGUUCAGUUGUCGAGAAAGGUUGGUGAUGCUGGGCCUAUCCUUGAUACAUUAGCUGUAGUACUGGAGAACAUUUCGAGUUCUACAACUGUUGCACGAUCUACUAUCUCUGCAGCAUACCGCACUGCUCAAAUAGUUGCAUCAUUGCCAAACUUGUCACAUCAGAGCAAAGCAUUUCCUGAGGCGUUGUUUCAUCAGUUGCUUUUAGCAAUGGUCUAUCCAGAUUGUGAGACACGUUUAGGAGCACAUCGGAUUUUCUCUGUUGUUCUUGUUCCCUCUUCAGUCUCUCCGUGCCCAUUUUCAGACACUUCACAGACAAGCAAGAUCGAUCUUCGAAGGACGUUAUCUAGAACAACAUCAGUGUUUUCAUCUUCUGCUGCUUUGUUUGGGAAACUAAAAAGAGACGUGCUUUCAUCUCGUGAAAGUCCCCUUCUGGAUAACACGAAGCUAACGCCCAUCAGUGAGAAUGCAGACGAGAUCAGUGCAAAUGAUGCAAGAUUAUUCAAGUCACAGACUAUUCAAAGGAUGGCUAGCACAAAAGAUAUUUCUUUUCCCUCUUCCACAGAUACGAGUACCUUGAGUGUACCCACUCAAGAAAAGGAUGCUGUCACCCUCAUGCUCAGUAUUCGUCAGGCAAAUCUUCUCCUUUCCUCCUUAUGGACUCAGGCAUUGUCACCUGAAAAUGUUCCACGGAACUAUGAAGCAAUUUCUCAUACUUACAGCUUGAUGCUAUUGUUUUCUGGAGCCAAGGGCUCAGGUGUUGAAGUUUUGGUUGGUAGCUUUCAGCUUGCUUUUUCAUUAAGAGGUGUUUCAUUACAAGCAGGUUUUCUUUCACCAUCACGCAGGCGCUCUCUUUUUACUUUGGCAACUUCCAUGCUCGUGUUUUUUUCUAAAGCUUUUAACAUUCCAUCUCUCAUUCCCGUUGUGAAGCAUGUGUUGACAGAAAGCACAGUUGAUCCAUUUCUUCAUUUAGUUGAAGACAGUAGAUUACAGGUGCUUGAUAGCGUAGCUAAACCUUGCUAUGGUUCAAAAGAGGAUGACGAUCUUGCUCUAAAAUCGCUCUCCAACAUUGACAUGAAUAAAGAUCAGUCAAAAGAAACAUCCGUGUCUCUUAUACUUAAUAGCCUGGAAGAUCUACCCGAGUCAGAAUUAUCUACCAUUAGAAAACAGCUGCUUGAGGAAUUUUCAGCAGAUGACAAUUGUCCUCUGGGUGAAACAUCUUCAAAAUUUGCAGCACAAAAUGGAAAAAUGCCUCAAAAAUCUAUGGAGGUCAUCCCGUUGGGAUUUGUUUUUGAAGAUGAUACCCUUGUCGAACCAUCUGACAGCCUAGCAGAACCUCAGUUGCGACAUCAGCCAGAUAGCAGCCUUCUUGAUGUCAAUCAACUUCUUGAUUCAGUUUCAGAAACAUCUCGGCAUGUUGGAAGGUUGUCAGUAUCAACAAACCAUGAUUUGCCUUUCAAGGAUGUAGCCAACCAAUGUGAAGCUCUUUUGAUCGGAAAGCAGCAAAAAAUGUCUGUCUGCAUGAGUGUCCAGCAAAAAGAGGGUGGUGAAUCAUCCACGGAGAAGCUCGAGUCAUCUCCAGAGGAUCUUCAAGGAGAUAGGUUUCUGUGUCUAGAUGAUGGACAAGGCGACUCCAAUUUCUGUAAGCUGCCAGUGUUGAAUCCCUAUGACCAGUUCCUUGCAAGAUGACUUUCUGCUGGGAUGUAGAUAUUGGCACAAUAUCUAUAACAUGGCUUGACACCUCGGGAAAAAAAAAAUCAAACCACUGUAUCUCUGGUAGCUCUAGUUCGAUGCAUGCUAACAUAGGGCCCUUUACGUUGUCGAUUGGGACUGGUUUCUUGGAGACUCAUCUGAGUCAUGUGCGCUCAAGAUGACAUGAGUGGCCUUUUCUUGCAAAUGAUCCUCGUCCUGCUGACAGAGAGGUGUAUCAGGCCUCAUGCCGCCACCAGUUAUUUGUUCGUCAGGUCCCGACUCCGUGGGUCGUGGGAAAUGUAAUUCUGACGUCAAAAUUAGUUAGCGGUUUUAUGCAAUCUGUUAGAUUUAUAAUGUAACUCUAUCAUUAACAAGCCUUUCUACAAAUGUAACUAUGCUAAUUGGAUUUGCAGUAUCAAUGAUAUAUGUAUACACUCCCCACUGAUAUUCAAAUCGCA